UCGUCAUGCAUUCGAACGUGUACCAGUGUAUCGACACAGUCCACUUGUGAUCGCGCUUGCCCACAUUAUUUUUUUUUCAAAAUUUCAUGUUAUCGUAUCAAAAUCGAUUUUGUUUUUCAUAUAACGCUAUAAAUUUUCGUGAAAACACGACAUCUAUCCUAUAAAUUCAAAUAAUUAUACUGAAUAGUUUAAAAAAAUUAUAUUUUUUUGGAACUGAGAAGAAAACUACGAAGAAACUACGUUCAGGGUUCGUAAGAAGCAGCACCGAAACUCCUGACGUCUUAUUUUACGAAAUGUCUAAGAUGAAAGAAUUGUCGGAUAAUAAACUAAGACCAUUCAAAAGUCAAGAAAAGAGUGAAGUCGCACAUCUGAAUGGCAUCAGCUACUUCGAUCCAUUUCUCGAAAGAAACUUGGAACACCCAACCACUAAUGGUGAGACCCUGACUCACUUACUCAAAGCAUCUCUGGGAACUGGCAUCCUGGCCAUGCCGCUAGCUUUCCAGUGUUCAGGACUUAUAACCGGCGUAUUCGCAACACUGUUUGUGUCGUUUGUGUGCACGUAUUGCUCGUAUUUACUGGUGAAAUGCGCUCACACGCUUUACAGGCGAACAAAAGUGUCAUCCAUGAGCUACGCAGAUGUUGCUGAAGUGGCGUUCGCCAACGGACCACAAUGGUCUCGAAAGUUCUCGUUGAUAACCCGCCAGUCAGUGCUUUGGCUGCUGUUCGUCACAUACUUUGGAACGUGCAGCGUGUACACAGUGAUCAUCGCCUCUAACUUUGAACAGCUGUUUACACACCACAUGGGUUACAAGCUGGACCUCCGGUUGUUUAUUGCGAUGCUACUCAUACCGCUUAUACUGCUCAGUUACGUUCCCAAUCUCAAGUACUUGGCGCCCGUGUCUAUGGUGGCCAACCUGUUGAUGGCCACCGGUCUGGGCAUCACAUUUUACUAUACGCUGUGUGAGGUACCCAAAAUUUCAGAAAGGCCAGCCGUGGGGACACUUGAAACGUUCCCAACGUUCUUCUGCCUCACCGUGUUUGCCAUGGAAGCCAUUGGAGUGGUGAUGCCGUUGGAAAACAACAUGAAAACGCCCAGAAGCUUUUUGGGAGUUUUCGGCGUGCUGAACAUCGGCAUGGGCUGCGUGACCAUUGUGUACAUUCUGCUCGGUUUCUUCGGUUACUUGAAGUACGGCGAAGAAACGAAAUCGAGUAUCACGUUAAACCUUCCUACUGAAGACCUUGCUGCCCAGGUGGCUAAAGUAUGCAUCAGUUUAGCAGUGUUCUGUACGUACGGUCUACAGUUUUUCGUAUGCUUGGAAAUCAUAUGGAACAAAAUCCAGGAAACCUUUGAAAGAACCACAACUUUGCAUAACUACAUUUUGAGAACGAUUCUAGUGAUUGCAUCUGUGUUGAUCGCGGUAGCUGUACCGACAAUCGGUCCGUUCAUUGGACUCAUCGGUGCCUUCUGUUUCUCACUGCUCGGUAUCGUUGUGCCCUUGGUCAUAGAGUUCGCCACAUACUGGGAUGAAGUAACCAUCUGGAUGACCAUCCGGAACGUGGUACUGAUCGCCGUCGGCAUCUUGGCGCUGGUCUUCGGCACAGCCAACAGCAUAGCCGAUAUAAUCGCCGCGUACGAUCCCGCUCAGACGGUCACGUGCGUUAUCAACUCCACACUGACUCAGACAAUUACAGAGUGACCGGAAAUCCGGCCACAUCAUCGACCAUCCAGCCACACAGAAUUUACAAUAAUUAUUUAUAUAUAAUCAUAGGCGUAGUGACAGGUGUGCCUUGGUAAAACCGAAUCCCCCCUCCCAAAAAAAAGGCCUUUUGUUUAUAUAUCAUCGAUACUAAUGAUAAAAACAGUUGGUUUUUUUAAAAUUAAAUUUGAUUAUUCAACUAUAUUAUAAAAAUUGUGUGAAUAAUACUUACAAUAAUGGCUAUAAUGGCUUUCAAAUUAAUAAUUUUUACAUAAAUAAUACAAUAAUCACAUUAGAAAUUGCAAACGAAAAUACUGGCUACGCCUAUGUAUAUAUAAUAGUUAUUAAACGCGUUUACGCGUAUUCAAAAUGUUUAAAGAAAGUUUAAUUUGUGGUUGGGAUGGUCGGACAACGGGAACCGACGCCGACGAAGCUACUGCCACGAUCAAUAGUCGUCCUCGUUUCGUCGGCCAGGCGCCCGUCGACCACUACCCGAAAGUGCUUGGGUAUAUAGCAUCAUCGGGACAUAAUAUAAUAGGUGACAGACACAUAUAACAAUAGUAUUUUUUUUAGGUCGCAUUCAAUCAUAAAAAAAAACAAUUAUUUUAUUAUUAUUUUAAUUUAAAAUUAUGUUUCUAAACAUGAUAUAAAACUUAGGCUUAAUCUUUUUUUAUUAUUAGAUAUGAUUGAACGAUCUUUUUUUUUAUUCGAUACAGAUAAACUUUAUAUUAUAUGAUAUUAUAAUAAUUUAUAUACCGCCUAAAUAUGUUCCAUUUUCUUUUUAUACAUUAUAUAUAAUAUUAAGUAUUUAACUCGAUAAAUAUUGUAUUA